CACCACGUCCGACAGGAUAACCAUUGUGCAAUUAGGCUUACUCGUUUGCUAUUCUAACCGUACUUGCUCAAUCUGUUCUCUGUCCUACCCCUGCAUCUCCCGGAUCAAAAGUAAUGGCCCAUAUGAGUACUACCUUGGAAUCGUCUACUACCCCUGCCGACAGUCGUCAGUCUCCUGACGAGGCCAAGCAGAGCCCCCCGGCUUUCCUCGACCUCGCCGAUUCGGCUGCACGCUACGGCAAUAAUAUUCCGGAUAUAUCGGCUGUACGUGUCGCGGAACGUGGGUUUUUCCUCGACCCUGGGCUGAUGCAACCGCAGCGCACUCUCAAGCGUCUCGAGCAUGAGCGGCAGCGCGCCCUCCAGCGCAAGAUGUUCGAGGACCAGAUGCGCGCACUCGAACAGCAGCAGGCUCGCGAGCUGCUCAACAUUCCUCCAGAUGUCAACGCAAUCUCGCUCCAGCACUUUGCCGUCUCUGCUCCCACAACCCCUCCCCGCGUGAACGCUACCCUCAAUGACGAGAUGGUGUCUGGUCUUGGCUCGGGCCUCUCGCACAACGCGGUGGACGCGGAGGUGCUUUCAAUGGCUGUGGGCUCAGCGGCGUCGGACAAGCGCAAGUCAGUCACGUAUGCGCCUUCGGUGAACCAUUCGCCCGAGCUGCCCACGGGUAACGUGGCGCACCAGGGCUUUGCGCGCCCCGGAGCCAAAAGCAUGCCUGCCAGCCGGCGCACCUCGGCCAGCGAGAACGACGAGGAGCUUGCGGGCCAUUUGCAGGGUCUGUCGCUUGCUGGGGAAAGGGCCGAGCGCGACCGUGUUCCGACGCCUUCUAGCGCGAUUCCUCAGUCUAUUUUGCGAAAUGGAAAUGAACGCUUCGGAGCCGCGAACGGCCAGCACUUCGGUGGUAAUGGCUACAACGCCGGUAUGAUGCUUGAUGAGCAGUUGGAUCAAGAGAUGCACAAUGUGAUGAGGAAUGUGCCGGCGUCCGACGAGGACAGGUUUGCGAAUGACAGGUUUGCGAAUGCGUACGCAAACAAGGCUCAGCUAUCUACGGUGUCGGCUGCGUUGGACUUAGCCCCGCUCUCCCAGAAGCAGAAGCCGUCUGAAUGGCCCCAGUUCAACGGUAGCAGUCGUGGACCCGAGGCCUUCGUCCGGCGCACUUCCGUCAACCCUGCAAUGCUCUCUCCCGGGCUUGCCGAGCUUUCCGCCGCAGGCAAGAUCCCAGGCUCGGUCUCGGGAUCCGCGACGCCGCUGCUGCAGCAGGUCACCCAGAAUAUGGCUGCUCAGGGCCUUUCUUCCCGCCGCGGUUCGCCGCUUAGCAUCGCGGACAUCUCUUCGCUGUCGUCGAUGACGCUCACGGCGCGCUCGGUCCCCGCGACGCCCCUUCCGAGCGGCAUGCCGAACGCGGCGUCGUUUUUGGCGUCCAAGGCCCCGGGGACCCCGCUGACGGAAGGCAUGCCAGGGCUGAAUGGCCUGUUGGGCGCGCAGCAGUCGCCGCAGACAGAAGUAAGCCCGACACUGUCGCGAAUGAACUCGGCGAAUGCGUAUGAGGGCAGCCCGCUCACGUUCAACUCGAUCCAGUCGAGCGAGGACGAUUCGCUCCAGCAGCAGUAUGGUGUUGAUUCGAUGUAUGGUGUGAAUGGCAACGGUAUGAACGGCAACGGACUCGAGAACGGGCGGUACAACUCGUACUUUGAGCCCAACGGUCGUCUGAACAAUGGGCCGGGAUCAACGGCGCUGUACCAUUCCCAAGGUGCGCGAUAUGGCCUGGGCAUCAAUGGCCGUCCGAAUGGCGUCGACAGCAAGAUGGGCGGGCUGCACGGUCCUAAGCACAAGCGCGGCGAUGCGGAUCGCGAAUUCAACCGAUUCGCGGGGAUGCGUCUGGAGGACCUCCAGGGCGAAAUUCCCCAGCUCUGCAAGGAUCAGCAUGGGUGCCGCUAUCUCCAGAAGAAGCUCGAAGAGGGUGUCCCGGAACAUCGUGAUAUGAUCUUCCGAGAGACCUUCAGCCACUUUGCUGAACUCAUGACCGAUCCGUUCGGCAACUACCUGUGCCAGAAGCUCCUCGAGUACGCUACGGACGAACAACGCAACGUGAUCUGCGAGUCGGUCGCGCAAGACCUGGUGAACAUCUCCCUCAACAUGCACGGCACGCGCGCCGUGCAGAAGAUGAUUGACUUUCUGUCGACCCGCAGACAGAUUCACUCGAUCAUUCUUGCUUUGAGCCUUCACGUUGUAGUGCUUAUCAAGGACCUGAACGGCAAUCAUGUCAUUCAAAAGUGUCUGAACAAGCUCGCGCCGGAGGAUAACCAGUUUAUUUACAAUGCGGUCGCUGCCAAUUGCGUUGAGGUUGCUACCCACCGUCACGGCUGUUGCGUCUUGCAGCGCUGCGUGGAUCACGCUUCGGAUCACCAGCGUGUGCAGUUGGUCAGCGAGAUCACCUACAAUGCCUUGACCCUGGUACAGGACCCUUACGGCAACUACGUCGUGCAAUACAUUCUGGACCUGAACGAUAAUCGGUUCAGCGACGCUGUCAUCCGUCAGUUCACAGGCAAUGUCUGCGCGCUGUCAGUGCAGAAAUUUAGUUCGAAUGUCAUCGAGAAGUGCAUUCGGGUCGCGGAGCACAACACCCGGAAGAUGCUUAUUGGGGAAUUGCUCAAUCGGACCAGGCUGGAGAAGCUGUUGCGCGAUUCGUACGGCAACUACUGUGUGCAGACCGCACUUGACUACGCGGAACCGGGACAGCGGGCCUUGCUUGUGGAGGGUAUCCGACCGGUUCUUCCUCUGAUUCGGAACACUCCAUAUGGCAAGCGCAUCCAGAACAAGCUGCAACGUGAGCACCUUGACGGCUAUGGCGGCAGUGGGUAUCACCAUAAUCAGGCCCCUCUCGGCAAUCACGCCAUGAGCGGCCAGGGUGGUCGUCACAUGUCGCACCAGGGGCUGCACUCGCCAGGCGCGCUCGCGGAUGCGUACACUGCGCCCAACGGCGUGUAUGGUGGACACGGGAUCCAGGCGCAGACGUCGAAUUUGCACUCUACUCAGGUGCACAGCAUGCAGCCACACAACAUCGACAGCUACGUGUUGCAGAGCUCGUCGAGCCACAGCCCGGGCCUUACGCCGCCGCCGCACUCGCAUGCCGGCUCGUUCUCCAACUACGAGGGCCUCAACUUUGGCUUCAAUGUCGCUGCGAACCCGUACGAGCGGACGUAUGCGUAUGGCAUGUAAACGGUGCUCCUCUACACUGCCACAAAAUGGGUGAAAUCGUACGGACAAUACUACUCCCUCCUCAGGGCGCAUCGCAUCGCACCGCAACAAUACAAUUCGUCUCUCAAGUAUUUCGCCCUGGGCGGAAUGAUACCUGUGCUGCCGUCUAUGCUGGCUACUCCUCCAGACUCCGACAUGCAUCCUCCAUAGUAACACUCAUUUAGUUGGGCUUUGUCCGGGCCGGGCACGUAAGUAUAUUACCACCAUCGCGCAUUUGUAUUUUGCACUGCCGCAUCGCAACACACACAUCGCUC